AUGAUUGCCUCUAUCCGUUCUUGUCUCUAUCUUGUUGUACUUUUAGUUAUUGUCUUUCUGACCUCUCCCUCGGAGUCCUACGAGUGCUUUGAUCCAAAAAAUCCAUUUGAACCUUCCAAUUUAAAAGAAUGCAGUUCUGAAUCUGAUGCCUAUUCCAAAUUAUUCUACGGAUCGCAAUUCAGGAAUUGGAAUCAUAACAACACUAAUGCAACCGAUAGCAAUGCAUUCGAGUUGUCUUUUGUUUGCGACCCAACAAUGAGUGCCCAAACCUGCCAAAAAGCACAAAACUCUUUUGUCACUGCGGGAGCGUUACUGAGCAAAAUAUUUAAAUUUCCACAAAAAAUUACGGUUGCUGCAGAAUUUGCGGAUUUGUGCAAGACUUUAGGAGGGUGCGAUAGUACAGGCACUAUUAUUGGAGCAGCAGGCCCGUCACGCUUUUUCUCAAUGACGGGUGAAGAUGGUGCAAUUCGACUUUAUCCCCAAGCAUUAACAAAGCUAGCUAACCCGACAGGCCCAGUACCUUUUGAUACACACGACAUAAUAGCCUCUUUCAACAGCAAAUUAGCUCCGCACUUUUUUUUUCCGGGCGAUAAAAACAUCCAACCAGAUCAAAUCGACUUUGUUUCAGUUAUAGCGCACGAAUUUCUUCACGGAUUGGGUUUCUUGUCAUCUUGGUCUCCGGCUCUUUUGCCUACCAGCGACGUGGUAAUUCCAUUCGUCAUUCCUAAUGGAUCGCAAGUGCGCAUACGCGAAACUAAUUUUGAUCAGUUUGUGAUUAAAACCGCGGAUGGUAAAAAACUAACGGACUAUACAGCUGCACUCUCAAAAGCAAUUGACGGACAGACAAUUACUAGCGAUGCGGCACUAGUUGCAAGCAUUAAAAAGGUUGCAACUGAUAUUAGUCUUACGACUACGACUGACUAUGUUACCCCAAAAGCAAUCGGAUUUUUGCCGAGAGGAAAGACGAAUAUAAAAGAUGCUGUAUUACUGGAGACAAGUCUCAAGCCGUAUUCUAUAGGUUCUACUGGAUCGCAUGUAGACGAUGCCACAUAUGCUCGUUCGCAAGACUGGUUGAUGACAUACGUAGAUACGCCAGGAAAGACGUACCAACAAAUGGAUAAGGAUAGUGGAGCGGCUCCUGAUGCAAUUGUUGGACCUGGCACAAAGGCGAUCAUGGAAUCAAUAGGAUUUCCCACUGCCGAUAACCCAAAUCCAUUUGUUCCGACAAUAGUAAAUGAAAGUCCAGUCUUGAAUAACUAA